AUGUCGUGGUCUAGAGUUGGGUAUCGGAUAUGUAAAAUUUUUCCGGGUGACAAUGAAGAGGUUGUGCGUUGGAAUGUGAUUCCAGUUCAUGUUUGGGGCAUGGAGACAUCAAGGCAUAUGGAUCGAGCACAAGACAAUGAUGGUGAGUUGACUGCUUCAAUUAUUAAUAAAGAGCAAUACUUGUUGGGGAAACACACUGUAAUUGUGCGUCAUCAGGAGUUAAUUUUAGAUGAUCCUCGUUAUUCAAUCAUUUAUCAGAUGUUUAGAUUACAAAGGAUCCCCCAUGCAUACUCCCAACUUUUGAUAUGCAAAGUCGCAAGUUUGGCUCGAUCCAUGAUCAUGCCGAAUGUGAGGCCAAUCUUUAUAGUCAUUAUGAAUGUUACCACCUAUGUGAGUAGACCACUUAUGGAACUUAUAAUUGAGGAUAUCGAUAAUGAGAGACUUGCCACCGUUGUUACAACAUCAAUGCAAGACGAAGCCAUGAAGAUAGUACCUGCAACUAAAUCAUCAAUUGAUAAGUUGGAAAAGGUAAAAAUGAAACUCGAUGAUCGGUGUUCGAUAUGUUUGGAAGAAUUUACAAGUGAAAUGGAAGAAGUUGUACGAAUGCCAUGCUCACAUGUUUAUCACACUCCUUGUAUAGUGAAGUGGUUAGAGUAUAAUCACUUGUGUCCAUUGUGUCGAUUUGAAAUGCCAAAGUCAGUUGCUUGA